CCUACAUCAAUAAAAAGAAGUUUAUCUUCAAUAACAUCAGAAAGGCCCCGGGAUGUACCACAACACAAGUAUAUCCGACGAGACGCGGCGGACCCUGACCGUGCAGGUGAUGAGACCGACUCGCUCCUGGCUGGGCCGCUCCGACCGGACCUGCAGCCUCAGCCUCGAGGGAGCAGCCUGCGUGGAAGACCACAUCGAUCUGAAGACGGACACACUGAUAAUGAUCAGCGGGUACCUGGACGCGUCCUUCUCCCCGGUAGUGCAGACGAUGGUGGGGCCCUACAUCGAGCGAGGCAUCAACGUGAUCGUCGUCGAAAUAUUCCCAGUGCUCGUGCGGACCUACCCGAUAGCAGCCCGUCUCACCAGGCCUUUUGGUAUUAUCCUGGGAGAGUUCAUGGCAGAGCUGACACGAAGAGGCUUGCACCCUCACCGUAUACAGAUGCUCGGAGGAAGCUUGGGAGCACAUAUAGCCUACUACGCUGCAACUAAAUAUCACCAAUUGACGUCGUAUAAACCGGCUAGGCUAACAGGUUUGGACCCGGCCGGCCCCUGCUUCCGUCAUCUGCCUCGUUCCCAGAGGUUCAACUCUGACGGCGCGCUUCAGGUAGACGCACUACACACCAACAUCGACGGCUUCGGGAUAGCCGACGCCUCUGCUCAUGUAGACUUCUACGCCAACGGAGGAGAGUAUCAGCCCUACAUGGCCGGGAAGUUCAUAAUGCCGUGUUUCCUGUUCUGCAGCCAUCUUCGAGCCGCCUUCUACUGGUAUGUGGCCACCACCAAUCCCACCAAGUUUCUGGCCGUGCAAUGCGCCUCGCUUCACGACGCUCGCUACGGCAACUGCUACGGAAAACAGAUAACCACCAACGUACUAGGACCUAGAACUAAUUUCACCUCACCGGGAAUAUACUACCUUCCAACUUCAGAUAACCCACCGUACUAUCUUGGCGAAAAGGGACUCAGGAAGAGGAAGUACGGUGUAAAUAACUAUUUGUUGAGAACAGCGCCGGAUAAGGAUCUGAUUAUAUGAUAUUUGGUAAA